UACAGAUACUCGUGUUGUUUGCUUCUUCUCUCUUUGCAUUUUGCAUAUCUAAUUAUCUAUUCUAUCCCCAGUCGCUGGGACAUGGUCAAUGGAUGGUCGCUCCCCCAACACCCCUUUUUUCCUUAUUUUUUCUGCUUUCUAUUCUUUGAAGAACAAGGAUCCUAAAGACUCCAUUUUUUUCCUACUUCUUGGUAUCUGUUCCGAUGACUCGGGAAACUCCAUUCCCAUCAUCAUCAUCAUCAACAUCAACAUCAACACGACCCUCUUCCGUGUACAUGGUUUCUAAGUUGACGAUAAUACUGUUAGUUGUGUCAUGGGUGGUUGUUAUUGUUCAAGGCUCCUCUUGUAACCAAGUGGAUAAAGAGUCGCUCUUGGCCUUCGCCAGGAACAUAUCAUCAUCGGCGUCUUCCCCUCUCAAUUGGUCUGCUUCUGUUGAUUGCUGUCUUUGGGAAGGAAUUCUUUGUGAUGAGGACAAACACAGAGUCAUCCAUCUAUCCCUACCAUCAAGAGGUCUCACUGGCUUCAUCUCCUCAUCUCUCACAAACCUCACUGCUCUCUCACACCUUAAUCUCUCCCAUAACAGGUUAUCUGGUAAUCUUCCAAACCAUUUUUUCUCACUUUUUAAUCACCUGCAGAUUCUUGAUUUAAGCUACAAUCGUCUCUCUGGUGUUGCUAAUCACAGUAGCAGUAGCAGUACUAAUACUAGUAUUAUCCGGGUGCUGGAUUUGUCUAGUAAUUUAUUCAAUGGAACGCUCCCAAGUUCUCUCCUUCAGAACCUGGCCACAGGAGGGAGUUUGACAUCUUUUAAUGUUAGCAACAAUAGCUUCACGGGUCAUAUUCCCACUUCUCUCCUCUGCGUUAACAUCAAUAACUCCUCCUCCCUCAGAUUCUUGGAUUAUUCCUACAACCGUUUCGAUGGCAUGAUUGAGACUGGACUCGGAGCAUGUUCCAAGCUCGAGAAAUUUCGAGCAGGUUUCAAUUCCCUAUCCGGUCCUCUUCCCGGUGAUAUUUUUAAUGCUGUUGCUCUCACAGAAAUCUCCUUGCCCCUCAAUAAACUCUCUGGAACCAUUGAUGAUGGCAUUGUUAGCCUUACCAACCUCACAGUUUUGGAGCUCUACUCCAAUCAGUUCACAGGUCCCAUUCCUCCGGAUAUUGGCAAGCUCUCCAAAUUGGAAAGGCUCCUCCUUCAUGCCAACAAUCUAACUGGUAGUCUUCCCCCAUCUCUGACAAACUGUGUCAAUCUUGUCAUGUUGAAUUUGAGGGUCAACUCCUUGGGGGGAAAUCUCUCAGCUUUCAAUUUCUCCGGACUACUCAGGCUCACUACACUUGACCUUGCCAACAAUACCUUUAGCGGUAUUCUACCUCCAACCCUUUAUGCAUGCAAGUCACUUAAAGCGGUAAGGCUAGCUUCUAAUAAGCUUGAGGGACAGAUCUUGCCUGACAUACUUGGACUUCAGUCUCUGGCUUUCCUAUCAAUUUCUACCAACAACGUGAGUAAUGUCACCGGGGCUCUGAGGAUACUCAUGGGGCUCAAGAACCUCAGCACCCUUAUGCUCUCCCAGAAUUUUCACGGUGAAAUGAUGCCAGAUGAUGCAAACAUAACACAACCCGAUGGAUUCCAAAAGAUCCAAGUUCUAGCAUUGGGUGCUUGUAAGCUCACAGGCCAAAUACCUGGCUGGCUUGUUAAUCUGAAGAAGCUUGAGGUCUUGGAUCUGUCCUAUAAUCAAAUUAGCGGUUCAAUUCCUCCUUGGUUGGGCACACUUCCUCAGCUUUUCUACAUAGACUUAUCUUUUAACCUCCUUACGGGAAUAUUUCCUUCGGAGCUCACAAGGCUUCCAGCACUAACAUCAGGAGAGGCAUAUCAUAAUGUAGAAAGGACUUACCUGGAGUUACCCCUCUUUGCUAAUGCCAACAAUGUUUCCCAGCUGCAAUAUAAUCAGCUCUCCAACCUACCACCAGCAAUAUAUCUGGGACACAAUAGCCUCAAUGACAGUAUCCCCACAGAGAUUGGCCUACUGAAAGUUCUUCAUCAGCUGGACCUUAGCUAUAACGAAUUCUCUGGCAACAUCCCUGUUCAAAUUUCCAACUUGACUAACUUGGAGAAACUAUAUCUCUCAGGGAACCAACUGUCUGGCCAAAUUCCUGCUUCACUCAAAAGUUUGCAUUUUUUGUCUGUUUUCAGUGUAGCAUACAAUGAUCUUCAAGGACAGAUACCAAGUGGUGGUCAAUUUGAUACUUUCCCCUCCUCCAGCUUUGAAGGAAACCCACAGUUGUGUGGUUCAGCUAUUCAGCACUCUUGUCUUCCUCAACAAAGUAGUACUGCUGGAGGUCACAGCUUAAAGAAAAAGCUAAUAAUUGGAUUUGUCAUUGCAGCAUCUUUUGGCACUGUUUCCCUCAUUUCAGUGUUGAUAGUGUGGAUACUAUCCAAGAGGAGGAUCAAUCCAGGAGACUCUGACAAGAUUGAACUAGAAUCAAUUUCUGCCUAUUCUAGCAGUGGAGUUCAUCCUGAGGUUGACAAGGAGGCUAGUGUAGUGGUAUUGUUCCCUAAUAAAACAAAUGAAAUAAAGGAUCUUACCAUAUUUGAAAUAUUAAAAGCCACUGAAAAUUUCAGUCAGGCAAACAUAAUAGGAUGUGGGGGUUUUGGUUUGGUUUAUAAAGCAACAUUACCAGAUGGAACUACCGUGGCAAUCAAGAAACUUUCAGGAGAUUUGGGUCUAAUGGAAAGGGAAUUUAAAGCAGAGGUAGAGGCUUUGUCGACAGCACAGCAUGAGAAUCUAGUUGCAUUGCAAGGCUAUUGUGUACAUGAGGGCUUUCGGCUUCUUAUAUAUACUUACAUGGAAAAUGGAAGUCUGGAUUACUGGUUGCAUGAAAAUGUUGAUGGUCCAUCUCAACUUGAUUGGCCUACUCGACUGAAGAUUGCACAAGGUGCAAGUUGUGGAUUGGCUUACAUGCAUCAGAUAUGUGAACCACACAUAGUACAUCGUGAUAUAAAGUCAAGCAAUAUACUCCUUGAUGAUAAGUUUGAGGCACAUGUUGCUGAUUUUGGGUUGGCCCGAUUGAUUCUUCCUUAUCAGACUCAUGUUACAACUGAACUUGUAGGUACAUUAGGUUACAUUCCCCCAGAGUACGGACAAGCAUGGGUGGCGACUCUGAGAGGAGAUAUCUACAGCUUUGGGGUUGUCAUGCUUGAGUUGCUCACUGGGAUGAGGCCUAUCGAUGUAAGCAAGCCAAAAAUGUCAAUGGAGUUGGUUUCCUGGGUUCAACAAAUGAGGAGUGAAGGAAAACAAGAUCAAGUUUUUGAUCCUCUUCUGAGAGUGAAGGGCUUUGAAGAAGAGAUGCUCCAGGUACUUGAUGUGGCCUGCAUGUGUGUCCAUCAGAAUCCUUUCAAGAGACCAAGCAUUAGAGAAGUUGUUCAAUGGCUGAAGAAUGUAGGAUCAUCCAACCAACAAAUGAAUAGAGACUAGACAGAAAUGUUUGUCCUUGACAAUAGAUAUAUAUAUAUAUAUAUAUACACACGGGGAAAGUACUUCUUAUGUGACUGCAGAAGGGAAAACUUGCAGCAACACAGGAUACGCGUCCGAAUCCUGGUUUUUUUUUUUUUGUUUUUUUUUUUAUAGAAUCCGCACGUGUAUCCUAGGAUCCGCACGUGUAUCCUAGUGUUAAAAAUUUGCUGCAACUUUUCUCAUCAGCAGUCACAUGAGAAGCGACGGACCCUAUAUAUAUACUCGUUCAAAAAAAUUUGCAUUUCUAUAAAUACAGAAUCAUUUUUACCACUGUAAAUGAUGACUCUACCUAUCAGACUUUGU